AUGUAUUGGAAAUCUAAAGAUUAUGAAGAUCCUUUACCUGAAGAAGGGUCGGAUCCUGAAUCCCGAUGGGGUCUGGUAUUUGAUGGAGCUGUUAAUGCUUAUGGUCGAGGAAUUAGGGCAUUAAUUAUCAUGCCACAAGGGUCUCACGUACCAUUUACUGCAAGACUGACAUUUAACUGCACCAACAAUAUGGCAGAAUACGAAGCUUGUAUCAUAGGACUAGAGGAAGCCAUUGAUCUUAAAAUCAAGAUUCUCGAUGUGUAUGGAGAUUCUGCUCUAGUUAUUAAUCAGAUCAAAGGAGAAUGGGAAACUCGUCAUACUGGCUUAAUUCCUUACAGAGAUUAUGCCCGAAGAUUGUUGACCUUCUUCAACAAAGUUGAGUUCCAUCACAUACCUCGUGAGGAAAAUCAAAUGGAAGAUGCAUUAGCCACUUUGGCUUCCAUGUAUCAAGUGAAGUUUCCAAAUGAAGCUCCUCAAAUUACAAUCAUGCGCCUGGAUAGGCCGGCUCAUGUAUUCGCUGUUGAAAUUAUCACAGAUGACAAGCCGUGGUUUCAUGACAUCAAAAUCUUCCUAUAG